GUGCCCAUCUUUUGUCCUUGCUCGUCGCCUAGGCCGCUUGUCCGACUCGCGGGGGCAACUUGUGCGACUCGUGUUCGCUCCGUCGCGGCUGGACGGCUCGUCGCAUUAGAUCUAGCUACACAUGUAAGCUUUCGACAGGCACAGGAUCCCGAGCAUGAAGCAAAGGCUUGAUCACUCUGUGUCCCUGUCCGCGUUCGCACAUCUAUUCUCCGAGAUAGUGCAAUACCAAUCCACCCGGAUCCAAACCGCUGCGGACCUUGAAUGUAGACUCGAAGAAUGUGGCCAUAGUGUUGGUCUUAGGAUUUUGGAGCUCUUGAGUCACCGCGAACGUCGAGUCAAACACGAAAUUCAAAUUGUCGGAGCUCUUCAGUUUGUUUCGUCGCAUUGUUGGAAAGCUCUGUUUGGAAAGGUUGCGGACUCUUUGGAGAGAAGUACUGAAAAUGAAAAUGAAUACAUGAUCCAUGAAACAUUCCCUGUCACAAAUCAGUAUGUUAGUGUCCCUCCUGAUCUCGGGCACCUCAAUUGUGCGGCAUAUAUCGCUGGAGUGGCCUCGGGCAUCUUAGAUGGUGCAAACUUUUCUGCUCGUGUAACGGCACAUACUAUAUCAUCUGCUGAAGAUUCGGGUGAUAAGACAGUUUUCUUAAUUAAAUUUUCACCGGAAGUCAUACACCGGGAAACAUAUGUGUAGAAGCCUAAGCCGUGCUCCAGAGUGUGGAAUCCACGGGGAUCCGCUGGUUUACUCCAGGGCUGGGAUCCACCGCGAGAAAGCUGAGGCCUCAUAGAAGCUGCAGGAUAAGUUUUGUGAAGGGAAACCCGGUGAGUUUGCCCCAGACGCACUCAGGUGUCCCUGGCGCGGCGCCAUCUCUGUCGAGGGAGCCAGCGGGUGGGAAUUGGCGCAACUUCAAAACUUGCCUCGCCGCGGCCAGGCGCCCUGCACCAAGCUCACCCCGGGCUAUGAUAGCAAGGGCGGAAGGGCUUCAGCCUGGACUAGCUCCAGCUUGCUGGGGGCGCGACACAAGCGGCCCAGGUCUAGCCUGUCACUUUGAGGCUCCCAGCGGCCGAAGCGACUCACAUUCGACCCGGACGACUUACCGCCCCGGUCAAGACCUGGCGGCUGCAUGCCCCUUUCCCCAGCGCCGUUCCUCGGGCCUGGGAAACCCAACGAAGCCGAGUUUGCGACUCCCCCCCCUCCUUAGUCGUAACAUAUCCCGCCGGCGAGAUAUGCUAAACGCCGCUUCAACUUGGACUUCAACCUCAAACCUUGCACGUCAACUGCAAAUUCAAGGUCUGGGUUAGGGAUUGUUCCAAUAGAAUACACUUUAUGCUG